UAAAAGCCAUGUAUCAGCGCCACGAGUGAAGUAGCCCAAAUCUUUCCUCCAUUUCGUUUCGUCUUGAAUGUUCUUGCUGGUUACGCUUUUAAACUUGACAGCUUUUAGAGGAUAACCAAUAAAAGUUUAUUUUUUAUAAUGAAGUAGUUGACGGAACAAAGUGCGCAAGGAAACUGCGAGACAGUUUUAGAUUGAUUCAAAAGGAGUCGAUGGACUGGAAUAAAAUAAGAAAAAUGAAGCUGGUUCUUCUGCUAAGUGUUGUGACUCUGGUUCAGUGCGCUUUGCCUCGGUGUGAACCUGGCAACUAUUUUCAGGGUUGGUGCAAAGUUUUUAAGGAGCCAAAACCAAAAUGCACAGACAUUGUCCUGGGAUAUUGCGAUGACAUGUCUUACUCCAAGACAUUUUUCCCUAACAUCCUUGAACAGAAGACACGUGAUGAAGCCGAGCUGAGCACCGAAUACCUGCUCUUGAGUGUGAUUCAUUCUUUACUGAAUGGAGAGUGCAGCCCGGACAUUCGCAUGCUCGGCUGCUCGGUGCUCGCCCCACGCUGUGACAACGGCAAGAUCAUAAAGCCCUGUCGCAGCAGCUGUGAGUCAGUGCAGAGGAGCUGUGCAAAUGCAUUUGAGCGCAUUGACAUGGCUUGGCCCUAUUUCUUAGACUGUGAUCGGUUUUUUGUCAGUGAAGAGGAGGGCUGCUUUGACCCUUUAGAAGGCCUUCAAGAGAGCCAGGAGAUGAUCAUGGCUAGUGUCUCCCCUGAGGAGCCAUCCACAGUUUUAAAGUUCACCCAUCACUCCAACACCCAGAUGUUUAACAUUCUGAAAGAGACAGCGGCCCACUGCCCAAAUAUUUCUAGAACGUACAGCAUUGGCAGAAGUUUUGAAGGCAAAGAUCUGCUUGUGAUUGAGUUUUCAAGCAAUGUUGGAGAACACGAAUUGCUGAAACCAGAGGUCAGAUUUGUUGGAAACAUGCACGGGAAUGAGGUCAUGGGCAGAGAGCUUCUGAUCUACCUUGCCCAAUACUUGUGCUCUGAAUACUUACUUGGAAACAGUCGGAUCCAGACUCUUGUCAACACCACUCGCAUUCACAUCUUUCCAUCCAUGAAUCCUGAUGGGUACGAUGUGGCCUCUGCCGACAUGCAAAGUGGAAGUGACAUUGAUUAUGAUGAGGUUGCACAACCCAGAGUGAAUUCUAUUGGCAGAGCCAACGCACAGGGUAUAGACCUCAACAGGAACUUCCCAGACCUCACCUCCAUUGUCUACAGCCGACGAAAAUACAAACGAUACCGUAGCGAUCACGUUCCCAUCCCUACCAGUUACUGGUUUGGUAAGGUGGCUCCAGAAACAUAUGCUGUUAUGAAAUGGAUGCGCUCGAUUCCGUUUGUCUUAUCAGCCAACCUUCAUGGUGGAGAUCUGGUGGUCUCCUACCCAUUUGACCGUUCAAAACACCCGCUUGAAACGAACAUGUUCUCCCCCACUCCAGAUGAUCAGGUGUUUACAAAGUUAGCCAGAACCUAUGCAGAAGCACAUGCCACCAUGUCUGACAGUGACAUGAGCAGUUGUGGAGGAGUGUUUGGCGGUAAAGGUGGUAUAGUAAAUGGAGCCAAAUGGUAUAGUAUUGCAGGAGGAAUGACAGAUUUCAGCUAUCUUCACACAAACUGCUUUGAGAUUACCGUAGAGUUGGGCUGUGAUAAAUUUCCAGCAGAGGAAGACCUUUACACAGGCUGGCAAGAAAACAAGGAGGCUCUUUUGAGCUUUUUGGAGGCGGUGCAUCAGGGGAUUAAAGGUAUUGUGAAAGGUGAAGAUGGAAAUGGGAUCAAAGGAGCUACAGUUUCAGUCAAGGGUAUAAGGCAUGACAUCAAAACAGCCGAAGAUGGAGAUUACUGGAGAUUACUGAAUCCUGGAAUCUACAUUGUGAUAGCCUCGGCACCAGGGUACGCCAAGGCCAUGAAGAGGGUCCAUCUCCCUGCUCACAUGCAGGAGGCUGGCCGUGUAGAUUUUGUGCUGAAAAAAGAUGAAUUAGAGCCGGAGAUUGACAAAUCUGUUGAUGCCUAUGGACGAUUUGACCCUUUCAACCAGUUUGCUCAUUAUAAUAUCAGGGAUGUUGUGCGGAGAGAAGAGGAAAUACGAGAAAAGCCCUGGUGGUGGUCUUAUUUCACUCGCUCCAGUUUUCAAGCACCAUCCUGGCUACUUAGAAGUCAUUAGAGCGCCAUCUACUGUUCAAAUACACACGCAGCCUCAUCUUUAUUUCAAUAUUUUAAUCAUGCACAUGAAGUGAUACGUGUAUUACAAAUGACUCGUCUAGUCACACGAAUUUGAACAGAUGACAACGGGAUCAAUAAUGGUUUAUCAAGAGUAAAACUCUCAGAUGGCCACAGUUCUUCAAGUGUAAAAUCAAGCUGUUAUUUCUUUUGACCAAAAAUAUAAUUUAUACAUGAUGUCUAAAUGCUUUUCAGUGUAUGUAACAUUUAAAAUAGAUUUUUUUCUGUACUUAUAUUUUAAAGAUUUGUUUCACCAAAAAUAAACAAUAAUUUGAUUUCA